AUGAAAAGCAAGCGAAGCACGGAUCAACGAGUAAAGAAGACUGGUUCCGCACCGCAUGAACUAAUCGUGCAGCGUCUGGCAGCCAAACCAGAUCACAAGCAAACAUACAAAGCAGUCCAACCACAAGAGUUUGUGGCCUACGAAUGUGAGGAUUUGACCCUAACAAAUCUUAAAAAAGCUUGUGCAGCUCAUUUUCACCUUCCCGCGAGCUCGUGCGACGUAUUGGUAACGAAUAAAGGGCCUUCUUGUACGAAUAUUAACCAAAUUCCGCACAGGAAGGACAAGGUAUAAAAGGCUUUUUUGUAUUUUGUUUCACAUGCGCACCAUCACACCCAACCCCAAGGGCUUUGGACUCUAAUGGGAAUUGAGAAAUGCUUUACACAAUUUUUUCUGUUAGCACUGCAAGUACAACAUGGAAAUAUCAAGAAGGAAAUUAUAAAACAUAUGAUAUAUUCUAUCACAGUGAUGUACUAGCCAGAGGGCGGGUGGGGGUGUGCCCCCCCCCCCCCUGUAAAAUAUUGGGGCCCCUUGGGAAGAUUCUGACCAGUACAAGCAUGUACAUUAUAUUUUCAUUUCUUGUAAUGGAAAUUCAAUAUUUCUAUGCUUUUAAUGCUCUGGAUUCGUUUGUGAUUAUUAAAGUAGAGUUGUUAUGUGUUAAAUAGCACAUUGAAAAUUGCACUUUACCGAAUCUAGAAUUCAAAAAUUGCUUGGGCCCUCCUGGUUCCCCCCUGACUAUAAAUCCUGCCUACAUCACUGUUUUAUCAAGAGAGAGGGGGUCACCAGAAAGGGCAAAAUAAUAGUAUCUAAAGGACUUGUGAGGUGGAAAUUGAGUUGAGGGCAUUUUCAUCCAUGUUGUAUUUGUUCCCUCUAUCUUUCAUAUGGAGAUUCACUUGUAGAAUAAUGGUGUUGAAGCAUUAAAUUAUGUGGUUAAUAAUUUUCAUGACAUUUAAUUAAUAUUAUCAUUUUCCUUCUAUCAGGUUUACCUUGUGCAGUUUAUGGUCACCAAACAAUUAGGUGAUGGGUAUCCAGAUAGCCCAGAGGUUUCAGAGCCUAAGGAUGUGGUGUUUUCUCGGCCAAUAAAUGUCAGUAAGACACCAGACACUGAGGAAACUCGCUAUCCAAAUUCUGUUUCAAUAGAAUUGUUGCUAAAAGCUGGACAACUUGUAAAACCUAAGGUACGUGAAGAAUCAAGUAUCAUUAAGAUUAGAAAAGUUCCAUCUUGAUGAGCAAGAAUGGGUGUCUUUAGAAAACUCUCUUGAUUUAUUGGUGGAUGCAGGGAAAUUUUCUUCUGGUGGAUUCAGGGAUGCAUUUCUUGGAGUGACAAAAGAUAAAGAAAAAUGGGUAAUCAAGAAGUACCAUGAAAGGGCUAGCUGUCAAUACAAUAGCAACAAAGUCCCACAAGAAUUUGGUGAAUGCUUCACUUUUAACCGAGCUUACUACACGGUUUACCAAGGGCAACUUGCAACUGUAGAAGAAUUUGUGGAAGGAACAUUUCGAAAAUAUGUCAACAACAAUGGAAAAGUGUGUAGACCGGAG